UCACACGUGAUGGAUAAAAGCGGAUAAGAAUAAAAGAGUUGUUCAUGUUUACGAAUAAUCUAAUUUUGCUCUUUUUACUCAUGUUAUUAUGCCAUUUAUGACAAAUACUUUUUUCUGGAUGAAUCGUGUCAAAAGUAUUGAAAAAAUUGCAAUAAUCCGUGCAAGAAAAAGAUUACAGUAUUAUAGAUUGUAACCUAUGUAUACAAGUAUAUAUAAAAACAAAGUAUAUUGUUAAUUCUUCCACCAACAAUGGAUAAGCGAAAUACUUUACUUGUCUAUUGUAUAUUUAUUAUUCUCCAGAGUAUUCAUGGGCUGCAUAGAAGUUUAAAAUACUAUGAAACAAUUCAUAGUACUCAUUUCCAACAUAAGAUUGUAAAACGAGGUAUUCAUCACAGUUAUAAUCCAUAUAAUAAAAUAAGUGAAAUGGAAUUUUAUUCACAUGGGCGUCAUUUUCGAUUAAUUUUAACACCUAGAAGAGAAGUUAUACAUUCCAAUUUUAAGGCAUAUGAAGUCAAUGCUGAUGGAAAGGAAAAAACUAUACAUUUAGAUCAUGACAAUUUUUAUCAUGGCCGAGUAUUUGGAGAAAUCGAGUCUCAUGCUCAAAUGCAUAUUGAUAAUGAAAUUUUAACUGGUACUAUAACAACUUUGGAUGAAACUUAUCAUAUUGAGCCAUCUUGGAGACAUCUCCCUCAUCUAGACAAUCAAACAAUGAUUAUUUAUAAAUCAUCUGAUGUUAAACUCAGUUGGGAACAUUACAAAGAUGGAGAAGGUCAUACACAUGGAGCUCCAAAGACCUGUGGUUACGUCAAAGAAAAUUUAAAUUAUACAUUAAAUGAUGAGGACGAUUUUGAGGAAGAUGAUACAAGAAAGAAUGACAACAGGGUGAAAAGGCAAACAGAAACUUAUGAUUAUGCACCGACUAAAACAAGAUGCCCAUUAUUACUGGUUGCCGAUUAUCGAUUUUAUCAAGAGAUGGGUGCCAGCAGUACAAAAACUACAAUUAAUUAUUUGAUAAGUUUGAUUGAUAGAGUACAUAAGAUUUAUAAUGAUACCUUAUGGAUGGAACAUAAAGAGGAAGAUGGUUUCAAAGGAAUGGGUUUUGUUAUUAAAAAGAUUGUUGUUCAUAGUGAACCGACACGAGUGAGAGGUGGCGAAACACAUUACAAUAUGAUUCGCGAGAAAUGGGAUGUCCGUACAUUGCUCGAGGUGUUCAGUCGAGAAUAUAGCCAUAAGGACUUUUGUUUGGCUCACCUAUUUACUGAUCUUAAGUUUGAAGGUGGUAUUCUUGGAUUGGCUUAUGUAGGAUCUCCUCGUAGAAAUUCAGUGGGUGGUAUAUGUACACCAGAAUAUUUCAAAAAUGGAUAUACAUUAUAUCUGAACUCAGGCCUAAGCUCCAGCAGAAAUCAUUACGGGCAGAGAGUAAUUACAAGAGAAGCCGAUUUGGUAACAGCACAUGAAUUUGGUCAUAAUUGGGGUUCUGAACAUGAUCCAGAUGUUUCGAGUUGCAGUCCAAGUGCAAGCCAAGGUGGAUCUUACUUGAUGUACACUUACAGUGUUAGUGGUUAUGAUGUAAACAACAAGAGAUUUUCGCCAUGCAGUUUAAGAUCUAUUAGGAAGGUCUUGCUAGCCAAAUCUGGACGUUGUUUCUCAGAGCCAGAAGAAUCGUUCUGCGGAAAUUUAAGGGUCGAAGGUGACGAGGAAUGUGAUGCAGGUCUCUUAGGAACGGAAGAUAAUGAUCCAUGUUGUGAUAAAAAUUGUAAACUUCGAAGUAAUCAAGGAGCGGUUUGUAGUGACAAAAAUUCGCCGUGCUGUCAAAGUUGCGCAUAUAUGCCUGCAAGCGUGAAAUGUCGCGAUGCGCAAUACGCGACUUGUGAACAAGAAUCACGUUGCACUGGGGCAUCCAGCGAAUGUCCAAGAUCUCCAGCCAUGAUGGAUGGUACUAGUUGUCUUGAACGUGGCCAAUGCCGCGGAGGCAAAUGUGUGCCAUACUGCGAGACUCAAAAUUUACAAAGUUGCAUGUGUGACACAAUUGGAGAUGCAUGUAAAAGAUGCUGCAGAAUGAGUUUGAACGAAACAUGUUUUCCAAUAGACCCACCAGAUAUUUUACCUGACGGAACACCAUGCAUUCAAGGUUUUUGCAAUCAGGGCGCGUGCGAGAAAACAAUUCAAGAUGUAGUAGAGCGAUUUUGGGACAUUAUUGAGGACAUAAAUAUCAAUAAAGUUAUGCGUUUUCUAAAGGAUAAUAUAGUCGGUGCUGUAAUAAUUAUUACUACUAUCAUAUGGAUACCAGCGAGUUGCGUUAUCAGUUAUAUCGAUCACAGACGUAUUAAAGAGAGCGAGAAGAAAUGGCGAUGGAAACAUACAGACGAACUUAUUCAUCCAGAUGAGCCAAGACAAGUAAUUUAUAUUGGCGGUCAGCGACAAAGAGUACAUGUUAUGCAUCAAUCCUAAAUUAUAAAUCUAGAUUGUUUGCAUUACAUUACGUAUUUUAUCUUCUAGUCAAGGAAAUUUAUAUAGAGAAUGUGAUAUUGAUCUAGAAUAACUGAGUAUAAAUAUUUUUUUUUUAAUAUUAUAUUAAUAACUUUUACAUAAUUACUGUGAAAUUUUAAAUGAGUUGUAAAUGAACAACAAAUGAUACAUUCCUAUAGCAGAAAGGAAUUAACUUUCUUUUAGUAUUACAUAACACACACACAUACACACAUAUACACAUAUUGGAUAUUAAUUUUUAAAGUAUCAUUUUCUACCUAAUACUUAUUAUUAUCGAAUUGCUACUUAAUUAGAAUAUCAUUAUCAUUGAAAAAAAUUUUUCUUUAUAAUAUGAUUAUGACUUAUUAUAUGAUU